UUUAGUUCAGGGACAUUUGCUGUUCUUGUGGGCUAUAAACAAUAAUAUGUGAGCGUUUUAAACACGUUGUUAUUGUAAACAUUAUUGUCUUAAGACGAUUAAAAUCAAAUUAAAAAAAUAAAAUAUUUUAAUUAAUUCAUACAGUCUGAUAGCCAUCAUAUGUAUAAUAGGCAUAUAACUUACUAACUGUGCUUUUAUAUAGAUAAGUCGUCUUACACUAGUACCUGUCAUCAGGACCUUUGAUAGGACGAUAUCCUGUCGUUAGCAAAAAUAAAAAAAUUUUAAUCCUAGAGAAUUUCUUUGUAAUUUAACAAUUUGUUAGAUCCCGCUGUGAACAUAAUCUCUAUAAAUUAUUAUACAACAAUAGUUUUAAAUAAUAAUUGAAAAAACUUAAAACGUCAGUUAAUAGUUUUAAGUAUUGAAAUACGAAAACCAUUUCUGAUGAAACAUCCGAGGGGGUCGGUGAAAUUUAUUAGGGGGUUGGUGAGUGGAGCGUUCAGAGGGUAAAGCCCCCAUUUCAUAUAGGUACCUAUCUGAAUAUUUAUUAAAACGGAAUUUUGCUUUUUAUUAGGCCAGCUGGAUAAUAUGAAACAUGGUUUCUCGUACCAGUCGAACUGAGACUUUUAUCGGUCCCUCGAGAUUGCACCAUUUUCACUAUAGACGAAAUAAUAUUACGAAGAUGAACUGAAACUACUCGUAUAAUAGACGCAAUAGUUUUCAUUGAUAUUACUUGUGUCUUGUCCGAUACCAUGGUUGUAAUAAAGUUUGCGUUUCAGUGCGUUCCAAUUAUUCGGUAUAAUGUCUACUGGCCUUUUAAGAAACCUCUAGGGGCUCUUAAAGACGCUUUGUAACACCGGUAGACGAAAGGUGGCCUUUAUAAUAAUUAUUUACCGAAAGUUACGGGUAUUGCUUUAUUGUUGUAUUUAGCAUUUAGACAACUUACUACACAUGACGUUAAAGAUAGAAUACGUGUGUUUUUAAUUCAGCCACACUUACGCAAAACUCAACGGAUCAUCGUCGAAUUCAAGCUUGCAGCCUUUGAAAGAAAAAUACGUUACGAAAACUUUGGGGAUAAUGCAAGUCCGUAAAACCUGCCUAAAAUAGUACUCGUAUGGUUUUUCGUAAUUUAUAGUAUUUGAUUUCCUCCAUGUAGAACAACGGCGGUUGGGUUUUUCUCGCGUCUAAAAUCUAAAUAAUAAUAUUAUGCUUUGCGCAUUCUCGUAGCUCAAUGGACGACGCGGUAUAUUAUUUUUAAUACAUACAUACCUACAUCUCGCAUAAUACUAAUUACUUAAAUAUAUCGAUAAACAUCGAUAAUACGUAUAUAUCUACUACGCGUACUUUGUAAAAAAUAAUAUAAUAAUAUAUUACAAUGUAUUAAUGUGGUCUGCCGGUUUACCAAUAAUAACCUAUUCGUCGUCGGCGGGAAAGGAAUGAAAAGGAGUAAAAAAAAACCCGAAGACCCGGAUUGUCCAAACACGUAGGUAGGUAGGUAGACUUGUGCACGGGUCGCCGCCGCCGGUAAUAAUAUAUACUGGUAACACGGUAAAUACCAGCCUACACCGUCGUACUACACUCGUACUCUGUAAAUACAGACGACUACACACGUAAAUUGGCACCACGUCACAUAAUAUUAUACGUUACGCACCUACAUGAUAGAGGAAAUGCCGUUUGAAUAAAUUAAUAUAUCGUCGUCUUCGCGGCAAACUUAAGAAAUCGUACAUUAAUUAUCAGCGCGUGCGUUUAACGUGGUAUAAAAUGUUAUUUUCCCCCGCCGCGGUAAUACAAUAUUAUUAUUUAUUACUGUGUUAUGCUCGUAUGGACAUAAUAUUUGGCCGAAAAUAUUAAUAAUAAUGAUGUACAACUUCGAAGGUUAUUGCGCUCAAUUAACUGGAUACCUACGUGAUUCGCGAUCGGUCGACCAACGAUGAUCCGCGAACAUCUAUGUAUUUAGGGUAUACUCGUCAAGAUAAUAAUAAUAAUAAUAAUAUGGAAUAUAAUUUAAUAUUAAAAAAAAAAAACAAUAACGGUAUUGACGGAUAUAAUGGUAAUAACAUAUUAUUGCACCACAAAAACAAUUCCAUUGAGCGCCUAUAUUAUAAUAAUGUUAUAUAAUAACAGCACAGCACAAGGUGAUCCAUUGAAGUGUCUACAUUCAUUAUUUAAAAUAUUUUUGGAAAUAUUCUUUAAGUUUAAAUAAUAAGUGGAAUAGAGUGGCACAAGGGUAUGUAUAAUAUCCCCCAAAAUGUUGGUCGAUUACUCCGCCCAUCUUACUUCAGCAGUCUUCAAGUACUUAUAACCAAUUAUUAUUAACUACUCGUUCAAAAUUCCAUUUGUAUAUAUCUCAAAGUACUCCGAAAAUAUUCUGAUUCAACUCGUCGUGAAAUGUGUCGUCAUUGAAAAGAGUAAAAACUUAAUAAAUUAUAACGAUAGACAAUUAUUGUUGUAAAAAUUAUAAUUUUUUUUUUUUAAAUGUUGUUUUAUAUGGACAUGGAAUCACUCAGAAAUAAUAUUUUGCAAAAAGUUAAGACUUUUUGAAGUAAGGCACUUAAUUGGGUAAUAUGGAUCACCUUGUAUAGUCCUAAAUAUAAUAUCUAUAAGAAUCUCGUUAUGUAUAAUAAAAAUUCUGCGUCCUCGACCACCGCUGAAAAAAUUUUGCUCAUUACUUUUCAUCAUAUUUAUAAUGAUAAAUGGAUAGGCUACAAUCCUGACAAAUCGGUUGGGCAAAACAAAAAAUUAAAUCAAACAAAAUAAAACCCACUAUCCUCCACUUCAGGCCCAACAACCUUUCGGAUGGAAUAAAGGAAACGAUUACCAACAUAUUAUAUAAUAGGGUAGGUCAACGAGUACGAGACCGAUCCAAACACGUACACUGGUACUGAGUACUUACAGAAUUUGACACCUAUACCGGGAAUCAAGUAAAAAGCAAUAAAUACAAAAUAUCUGACAACAUAUAAUUAUUUCAAACCCAAUAUCGAAUCCGAACUUUCAAUAUUGACAACUUAUUCUUUUUCUUCCAAGAACCGGAACUGGUUAAAGUCAUUUAAUAUAAACUAUAUUUUAUAUCACCGCGUCGGUUUGGCCAACUCGGUUAUCCGUUGAUUGUCCUUUGAUAUUUUCUCGAUAUUGGGGCGGCCCAUAGUCAAAUGUUUAAAUGUACAUUUAUUUCACUUAUGAGUCUCGAGUAUGUAUAGCAUUCAAAUAUGUUCUUCCGUGCAUUCGAUAAUUAAGUGUGAAUGAGUUUCAAAACUAAACUUCUUUAUUAAUCCUUAUUACACCAUUCAACUCAUAAAGUAGAAGAUGAAGUUAUUAAUGUGUUAGGAUCUUACAGAGAUAAUUCUAAAAAACUGCUAUUAUUUUUAAUCAUAAUUUAUUUUUUAAUUCAAUUGAUGUUAGGCACCAAUUUACAUUUAUUACAUUUUUUUCUUUAUUUGAUGUGUAAAAAAUAAAAAUAAAAGUAUGAAAACAUUGUUGAUUAUACUUUUGAUGUUUAUAAUAAGAACUAAUUAAUUUUAAAGUAAUAAAUUAUUUUAUUGCGAUGUACUAAAACGCAAUUAAAUUUUUUUAAAAUCUGUUUGGGUCUUAGGGCCCAAUCACUAGCGUGGCCGACACUUAAUGUAAUGUAAGCAUAAGAGUUGCCUAAAAAUUUCACAAUAAUAAAGAAAAAUUUCAUCAGCUUCAUAAAAAGGUAAACAUAUCAAAACAAAUGUGACUUACCCCCUCCAAAAAAUUGAAUUAUUUAUAUUACCUAUGAUUAAGAUAACCAAUAUCAAUACUCAAUGCUAAUAUAUUUAAAUGAUUAUAAUAUAUAGGUCGAUAUUAUUAUAAUACGUUACAUAACAACAAUAUUGUGUGCGCGCACCAGCGUGAUUGGCUCGACAAUAAUAUUAUUAUACUAAUUCAUAACAAUUAAUAAAAGUUUGUUGAAUUUGUAAACAGUCGCGUAAACAGCAGAUUAUGGUAGGUAUUAUAUUCGUCGCGUAUAACAAUACCAGUUAUUAUUAUUAAUAUUUGCCUCAUGAGAUUCAUUAUAUAACACGAUAAAUAGUUAUAAUAAUAAUAAUAAUAAUAAUUCAACGAUCGUGCGGUACAUCAUCAUCGCGUUACAUGACGUGCCGCCCCGCCCGCCCUCGCCGCUGAAGACUCUCGUCACUGUCUGCUAGCCGCGGUGGUGCGACGACGUCACGGCGAUGACGGCGUUCGGUAACGCCGCCGCCGCCGCCGCCGACGACGACGACGGCCGAUUACUACAAAUCUCGUACGUCACCGUGUUGGACGGCGGCGCGUUCGGCACCGUUUACCGGGCAGUGUUGUCGGGAGGCGGCGGGACGGCGCGAACGGUGGCCGUCAAGCGCAUUCGGUCGCCGGGCGGCGGCCGUCACGAACUGGACGCGCACAGACGGCUCCGGCACCCGAACGUCGUCAGAUUGCUGUUCCACUUUUAUUCCGGAUGGAACGGCGCCGACGAAGACGGUAGCGCCGGUCGGCUGAACUUGGUAAUGGAAUUGGCGCCGACCAACUUGAACCACGCGAUCCGGCGACUGGCCGCGGACGGCCGGACAGCGAGCGUGGGCCACUGCAAGCUGUACGCGUACCAGAUGUUCAGGGGCUUGGGGUACGUGCACGAGACGGCGGGGUUGUGCCACCGGGACGUGAAGCCCAACAACCUGUUGCUGUACCCGUCCACUGGCGUGCUCAAGCUGUGCGACUUCGGUAGCGCCAAGGACCUGUUGGACGGCCGGCCGAACACCCGGUACGCCUGUUCCCGCCGCUACCGGGCGCCCGAGCUGCUGUUCGACCAACCGCCCGACGCGCCCGAUUAUACCGCCGCGGUGGACGUGUGGAGCGCCGGUUGCGUGUACGCCGAACUCAUGGCGGGCGCUCCCCUGUUCCCGGGCACGAGCGUACCGCACCAGCGAGAGUUGGUCGCAAGCCCACCGGUGUUCCCGGGAUGGGCCCCGGCCGACGCUGUCCGGCUGGUGGCGGCCACACUCCGUUUCGACCCGGCCGCCAGGCCCACCGCGUUGGAAGCGUGCGACCACGAGUGCUUCGACGUGCUCAGGCGACCGGGCGGCCACCGCCUGCCGCCGCUGUUCGACGACUAUGACGACCACUACGGUGCCGAUGACAACGACAAUGACGACGACAAUGACAACGACAAUGACGACGACAAUGACAACGACAAUGACAACGACGAUGACUACGGAUACGCACGGGUCUGAGGAUAUCGCUGGGACGACAACGCGCGUGGAUUAUGGAUACGCCUGAUUUAUAUUAAAAAUAUUUUUAUCAUCACUUUAGUUUUGAAUAAUAUUUUAUUUUAUUUUUUCGUCAAUAACAAACGAAGUUUAAGUUCAACUUGCAGUGGCUGCAGGGCCCCUACUAAAAUUUACCAAGUUAAAUAACAUUUAAUAUGUGUCGCUGUAAUUUAUUUUUUCAACAAGUUUCUUUAAAAUAUCUUUAUAGUCUAGACAGACUUGGAUUAACAUUUUUUUGUUUUUUUUUUCAAGCAUUUAAACUGAAAAGAAAUUAUACUCUAAACAACAAAAACACAAAAUUCCUAGUUUGGCGGUGGCGGGUGACUGUCCCCGUCCAUUAUUUAAGAAAAUAUUAUAUAAUUAGUAAUUACUAUUAUAGUAUCAAAUAUCAUCAAUGGCUUAUCGUGCAGACACUGGGUGGCCCUAGAGCCUAUAGGAAUCGGAGGUCUACUUUAACACAACAAUUUAAUUAUAAAAUGUGACUCUAAAAAAGCUAAUUAAAAAAACUUAAAAUUACUGCUCAUACAUUUAAUUAAAACAGACUUGUGUACUUAAGAAGAUGGCCAAGUACAGCUCUGAAACAUUAGGUGUCGUGUAGGUCACGGUAAUGAAUUUAUUUUUUAUUGACAUUUAUAAAGAAAAAUUUAAAAUUAGUUGAAAAUUUUAAAUAUCUAUAAAUAGCUCAAAAUCAAGAAUCGAAAUAUUUUGAAAAUGUUACCAUUCACUGAAAAUGUGGCGAGAUUUCGUCAAAAGUUGUUUCGCAUAAAAAUUCCCAUUUUUUUCUGGAUUUUUGUUUUUGUUGUUCCCAAUGAUCAAGGGAAGUACUAGGAAUUUUCGACUUCGAUCUUCCCAAAGUAUCAACUAUAGAUCCAACAUCCUAUCAGUAGCCACCUUCAAAGUGUCGAAGUUCGAACAAUUUUUCUACCGCUUUUCGUGUGUACAGACACAAAGAAAAAUUAAAAAUUAAA